AUGUUACCUGUCCCUCCUUCCUCGGCAAAAUGCACACCAACGUGGUCGUCGGUGAGACGAAAAUCAUGGCUUCAUCCAAUUUCAAAGGAUUUUCUUACAAGCAGUCUGUCUAGAAAUCAUGUACUCGGAGACAAUGGAAGGAAUGAAAAUAAGCCAGUCUUAUUGCAUAAUCACUCGGUUAAUUCACAAGUGCAACCUAUUAGAAUGCUUUCCAUUAAAACACCCAAAACCCAUGAAAACCAAUAUCGUCUCAUUCUAUGUAAACCUCCAAUGCCAAAAGAAGAGUUCCUACUACCAGCUAACACAGUUUUAAGCAAUACUAGAAUCCCAAAAAAUAAACGUAAACUGAAACCGUCUAAUGAUAUUCAACUUUUGCGAUCAUCUGUCCAGCUUCCAGCGUUACCUCAUGAAAAUGAAAACCUAAACAGACUUUUGCCUUUGAAUGAAAUCAAAUCAUUUGCUAGAUCUGUUUCAAAAAUUGAGAAAAUGAAACAGAAUUCUGUAAAGUUGAACUUCCUGAAAAGUCAUUUAUUACUGAAUAAUUAUGAGUUAUCAAAGCCAAAUGUAUUUCACCUGUUAAAUUUGAAUAAGAAUCUUUCUAAAACGAAGCAGCAGUUUGGUAGGCUUUUACAGCUUCCGCACUUACAGUGGUCAGACAAUAAACACGUUGAUCCUGGUAGAAAUAAACAACGUGAGAAUCCAAACAAAACACCAUUUUCAAGUUCUAGAAGAAGUUUGGAUUCUAAUUGUCACAGUUCAGCAUAUAAACCAAAUCCAGAAGAUAAUACAUUGCCGAUAGCGACUUAUCCAAUUAUAAGUGAACAGUUUAACGAGGAUCAGCUGACACUGAAUGACAUUUCAUGGGGAGUUGAUACUACAAAAGAUAAUAUUAUGAAAUCUAAGCGUCCUUCUACUACUCAAAGGAAUUCAAAUUCACCUGUUCACAAAAAUGACUUCGGAGUUCAAUUUAACUUUGUAGAUUAUGGUGGACCGAAAACUGAAAUUGGAUUACACACACCAUUCAACUUGGAGAAUUCCACAUGUCCUCCAUAUUUCAUCGAACAGUUGUUACAGAAUGAUAUCACACAUUUCACUAAGCAAUUCUUAAGCGUGCAUACAACUGAUCUAAUAGAUUGGAGUGAUGAAGAGAAAGAUGAUAGUGGGGGUGAUAAUAAUAAUAAUCCUAGUGAAUUACAUAUUCCAAGCGCACACCUUCAUCCAGAUUCAUCCAAUCCUGUUAAACAAAACAAUGAAAAUACAACGGAAUAUGAUAAUUCACAAAGUGAUAUUCGACCAAUUGUAGAUAAGACAGGCAAUGAUAAUACGAAUAAUGAAGGUCCACCUAUCAUAAAUACACAAUUACAAACAACAUCACCAAAUAGCAAUCAAUUUAUAGCCGAUCCGAUUACAGCUAAAACACUCGCAUAUUCAUAUAAUAUUGAUAACCAUAAAGAAAAUAUUCAGUUGCCAAUGUUUAAUGAUUUGUAUAAUAAACCAGCCUCAAAUUAUUUCCCUGUAGAUGUUUUAAAGGCGUUAAGCGAAAUUGACAAUCGUUUAAAUGUAAUUGAUCAAGUUUCAGUGCAACUUGAACAGGAUCAUAAACGUAAUCAAGAACUCCUCGAAACCAUCAUUGAGUUGAAUAAAGGUCAGAAUAAAACUGCUGUUUCUGCGCAUUUGAACGAUUCAAAAGAAGCUAUAGUGAAUCCUGUACAACAAAGUCAACUGUUGAUACCCAGUGAAUCCAGCCCAAAAGUUGAUCAAAUUGAUAAUGUAAAACCGUCAGUUAAUGAAACUAAGCAUCCUGACAUGAAAAUCUCUAGUCACAAUUUUAGUAAUUUAUCAACUUCAAAAACAACAAAAUCUCCCAGAUUAACUCCGAGAUCACGUUCAACCUCAGGACAUUAUUCAGAAGAAAGAGAGAAGGCGAGAAAAGAAAGACGUGAAGUUUCAAUAACGCGUCGCUGUGAUGAAGCGAAGAAGUUUGUUGAUGAAAUUUUAUUGGACAGUCACCUACCAGUACAAUCGUCACCAAUAUUGCAUCCAAAAUUAAGCAUUGCUAGGACAUCAAGUGCUCCAGUCUCAAGAGGGCGAGGUCAAGGCCGUGUUCGUGGUGCACCAAGACUUUCAACUUCACGUGCUUCUUCAAAGAAUUACAAUGUCCUGACUAGUCCUAAGCCACCUACUCCUGCUCGUUCUGUUAGUAGUCUGCGAGGUGGAGUUAGAGCCAGGGGAGUACGCAAUGUCCCAGCAGACAGAAGAGUUCCAGCGGCAGCUUUACAGAAAUCCUCCAUGAUGGACAAGCCACAGUCCUCUUCACCAAAACAAUCAAAUUAUGAAGAUGAUCUACAAACAACAAUUCUAAGUGACUGGUCAUUAGAAAGUGAUGUAAAAAGAAUACUUUACGGAGAUGAAGAUGUGAGAUUUCUUAGUUCAUCCAAAGUUCAACAUUUCGGUGAUGAUGUUAAUUCCAACCAGGAUUACCAAGUUCCACAAAGUCCCCAUUCUGUGCCAGAAACGGAUCUACUCACUGAAGUUGGUGGUGUUCCUAGCACAAGCUUUAUCGACUGGGAUGAAAUUGAUGAGCUAAUUGGUGCAGUAUGA